GUUAUAUAUCACGUUCAGAGCUGCACAGGUCAUAUUGACCCUGUAUAAGUAUAUGACAAGUAUGGUUAACUACGAGUUAACUUAAUUGCCGCACUGAAUGUGAGAGCUUUGCCAAAUACGCGGAAAUUACCGACGACUAAAUAUAAUUGUUAUAAUAGCGGUAAUAACAUCAUGAAUUUUACAAAAUGACCGCACGUGACUAGUUUAAGUUUAAUUAUGAGCAGUAAAGUAACGGAAAGUGGCAUACAAAUACAGUGACAGCUGUUUUAAUUGUUACUGUGUUUAGGAAUUGUGUUCGCCAAACAUAUGACACUUGAACUUAUUGGUUGGAGCACUCGGAGCCUAGAAGGCCAAUUAGAACUUAUAAUUUGAUGUUAAAAUAAUGUCAUUUUGUUAUCUUUCGUCAUUAACAAGUACGUAGGUACUUGUUCGAGAUGCAGGCGCGAAUGAUAACAAAAUCGAUUAUUUGGAUACGAAAAUGUAGGUUCGAAUUGUCCUCAAAGUUUAAAUCCACCCACUACCGCGUUCAACAUCCACACGGCACGCUUUACGGCCCAGCUACCAGUGCUUUUUACUUAUCUUACUUAUCUACGAAGUCCAAACUAACGGCCUGAUGCGAAGAAUGAGAUACGAUAACGAUAAAUUCUGGUUUAGAUAAGUUCUCAUUUAGAUAUCGUUUAUAUGUCGUAUAAUUGGCAGAAGCAGCUCGAUUCGGGCAACCAAUGUCACUUUGACGUUAGAAAUAUCCUAGAUAAAUCUUAUUGGGAUCACAGCGGUAUCGAAAUAAACGUAAAUUUUGACAUGUCGUUUAGUUAUCGAUCUUUCCAAGAUCUUAAACGUGUCUUAAUCAUUCUUCGAAUCGGGCCGUAUCUGUAUGUACUUAUUUUAGUUUAAUUUCUGAAUGUUGUGAUCCUUAGAUGUGUGAGUGGCUGUCACGCGAGGAGUGGUGUGACGUGAGCCUGCUGUGCGGCGGCCGCGCGCUCGGUGCCCACCGCGCCGUACUUGCUAGCGUCAGCUGCUUCCUCAGGCGAAUCCUGCUUUCUUGUCCUAUAGAAGAUACGCCGACGUUAAUUGUCUUGCCCGACUUCGACCUAGAAGCCUUGUCGGCGGUCCUUUAUUACAUUUACAACGGCGAAGUGACGAUGUCGACACAAAAAGUCGAUAAGUUUUUAGAUAUCGUGAAAGCCAUGCAAAUUUUCGUCGACCGACAGUAUUUGACGCAACUCUCUAUUAAUAUUGACAUUGAUUAUACCAUAACAAAACGCAUACCUAACGAUGCAAGUGUAUUUGUAUUACGCUCCGAGAAGGAUGACAGUAACUCGUCACUAGUAACUUUUAGGAAACUAAAUCAGCAAAUAGCUUCAUGCAAUACAAAAUAUGCUACAGAUUAUAAAGACUGUAUACAAGCGUCUCGGAAUUGGAAUGAACAGUUUAAGCCCAUUUUGGGAAAUCUGCAAUCGCCGCAUGAAGACCGACAAAGAGACUAUUUUCUACGUGAUUCAUUUAUGGAGACAUAUCCUCGAAACCGUAACGCUAACGGUCGGGCGGCGGGCGUGACAGCAAUACCAAACAGAUGCUAUCACUCCCCGACAUCUCUGUUCUUGACGAAUGCAAAUGUGAAUGGAUCUUUUAGCCCUGACACGGUGAAUUUGCCAUCCGAUAAUGAUGCAUCUAGUCAAAUGUCUUAUAAUUUAAGAUUAACAAGUAAACCACACCAGGAUAACGUGGGUAUAAUGGAGCUCCAUAGAAAACUGUCUAAUUUAAGUAACCUUUGUAUGGAGCCGGUAUCUGCAUCAUCAUCCAUGGAAACGUUGCGAAAUAAUUCUAAACAUAAGUCGUAUUUAGACCUUAGCAUACUACAGAAAGCUCAUACAGUUAUGCCGACAUCAGUUGCCAAAAAUAAUUUGACCAAGAGAGAUAAUCACAUGGAGAUAAAAGUUGAAAAAUAUAUAUCAUUUAAUAGACAGCAUAAGGUGGCGAUCUUAAAUAAAGCCUUGGAUAGCCCCUGGUGUCCUCGAUUACCUAACAGCUUCAGACCUUUUCGAAGAAAAGGACCCAGUUGGAAUAGUCAUUUUCCAAAUGAUAGUAAUAACAACGUCCAUGUCAUACCUGCAAAACUGAACGAUGAACGUUUGAAGAGUCCGUCUGAUCUAUGUAAUAUACUCGUACCGGGCACAAUUUCAUAUCCCGAAGAAAUUAAACACCCCGAUAAUAAUCAGCAACCGCCAUCACGCGGCCGCUACGCCUGCAGCGAUUGUGGCAAGACCUUCUCCCAGCUACGUAAUUUCAAGUACCACAUGUCGGUGCACCGUGGCACCCGCGAGUUCGCCGCCUCCUGCGCCGUGUGCGGCAAGACUUUCAACGACCGCGGGUACCUCAGCAGCCACAUGAAGAUACACAGAAACCGCAAGGAAUACAAAUGUUCGCAAUGUCCGAAAUCCUUCAAUCAACGAGUCGCCUACAACAUGCACGUGCGGAUACACACAGGAGUCAAACCUCACGUUUGCCCCACGUGCGGCAAGGCGUUUUCACGCAAGAUGCUUCUAAAACAGCAUCAACGCACACACUCCGGGGAGCGGCCCUACGCCUGUCCACACUGCGAGAAGCGCUUUGCUGAUCGAUCUAACAUGACUCUGCAUCUUCGGCUACAUACAGGCGUGAAGCCCUUCAAAUGCCCGAUGUGUCCCAAAUCGUUCACAAAAAAGCAUCAUCUCAAGUCACACGUCAAUUUCCACACUGGGGCUAAGCCAUACUCCUGUCCACGCUGCAGUCUAGCCUUUACGCAGUCUUCAAACAUGAGAACCCAUUUGAAGAGAUGCACUGCCCCAGAACCUGCUACUGGAACUUCGGAGAACUCUACAUAAUCAUAUGACCUACGACGGGGUCACCUGUUGGGGCCGAAGGAGAAUCAUCAGAAGACAUCCAAGUACAGGGUGUUAGGUUAGAAUGCAUUUGAUAAUAGGAGAUAGAGAUUGUGAUCAAACUCCCGUCCUGAUA